AGAUGAAUGUAAAUCCGAUGAGUUUGUUUAAGGGGGGUGGGGGUAGGGACACAAUUCUUUUAGUGUGGGAUCAUUUCAGAACGAAUAUUGUUAUAGCAUCGUCGGCAUUCCGGACAUUUGCGCUUGGUACCGAUUUUAUUUAUUUCUGAUUGGUGUGGAAUGUGAUCUAGCUGCAUGAAUGGAUUUCCCGGGGAAAAUCUCCCUGCCACUGUUUGGUAUUGGGUUGUUCAUGGUGAUGAUUAGCCUUGCCCUCUGCUGUUAUAUGUGGAAAUUGAAAAGGGGUGCUCUGAAAGAAAGAGGUUACAAAAAUAUUGCAUUUUCUCCAAAGAAGAAGAAUAUAAGAAAUGAUACAUGCCCAGUGUGUUUAGAUGAGUUCAAGGUCAAGGAAAACAUAGCAAUCUGUUCUUGUCAGCAUCAGUUUCAUUUCAACUGCCUCGUAAAAUGGUUGCAUCACAAGAACAGUUGCCCCAUGUGUACUGCACCAGUGAGGAAGGUGACCCAUCAGGCCAUGACCCCGUCAGCCAGGGUUGUUCCCGUGGAAUCAUCCAGCCUUUUUGUGGCUGUACAGGUUCCCACCUCGGGGGUGAACAUCAACAACAACAACUUGGAUGCCAUUUGAACUCGAUUUUUAGUUGAAAGGAAUGACUUUUUUUAACGGGUUACAUCGAUGCUCUUUUACCAAGUGUUUUGGAAUUUCAAAGUUAUGGCAUUUUUUAACUGUUGAUCCGGAAAUUGGUUGAACUAGAUCUUCAAGGUCAUGGCUUAUGUGUAUUAAAAUGGGAAGUCACUUGAAUCAGACCCAGGUAUUUAUGACUUUAUUGAAUUGGAACAAUGUGAUUCCUGGCAAUAUGUUUUGUGCAAUGACUGAAAAUGUAAGCUGUACUGCAAUCAUUACGCGUAUGGAAACAUUUUUUGAACUGCAAUUUUGUAGACAGUUAAAGUCUUUGAAUGUCAUUAUCAUGGCUGGUCCAUAUCUCCUGGUGCAACUGAGCUUCCUUGUAUUUGCAUUUAUUUUAACCCUGAAAAAUAUCGCUGAAAUGAUUAAACACUUCCAUUAUUUUGUGAUCUGAAAACAUUGGAUUAUUUAAGUCUUAAAUAUAACUUGUACUAAUUGUGUGCCACUUAUAGCUGAUCUUUUUUUAUAUUGUUAUGAAAGUGAUUUUAUGUUAGAAUUAUCGAAAACUAAACAACUAGAUUUGAUUCAACGUUUUAACCUAACUAGUAGGUACAUUGAUAACAUACUUAAUGUAGAUAACCCAUUCUUUGAACAAUAUAUUCACAAAAUCUACCCGAACAAACUUGUCUUAAUAAGAUCAUGUCAAUCUAAUAAAAGAUGCUGCGUAUUUAGACUUACAUCUUACUAUUUAUAAUAAUUUGAUUAAGACAAGUUUAUGCGACAAACGCGACGACUUUUACUUUGAAAUUUUGAAUUUUCUGUUCCUAGAUGGUAACAUCCCUAAAGGUCUAUCCUAUGGUAUUUACAUUUCGCAGUUGGUACGUUAUGCCAGAGCAUGUUCAUGUAUAAAAGAUUUUAAUGAUCGUAAUCGUAUAUUAACAAAGAAAUUGCUAAAACAAGUUUUUAGCCGGAUUUUUUUCGAAAAAAUCUCGGCUUAUAGAUUGAUGU